AUGUCCAUCCACUUAAGCUCCCAGGUCUUCAGCUCGCGCUCAGCCGCCUUCCCGGGGCGCGGGACGCAGGUGCGCCUGAGCUCCGUCCGCCCCGGUGGCUUCAGCAGCAGCAGCGUGUACGGCCUGGGCGCCUCGCGGCCGCGCGUGGCCGUACGCUCCGCCUACGGGGGCCCCGUGGGCGCCGGCAUCCGCGAGGUCACCAUCAAUCAGAGCCUGCUGGCCCCGCUGCGGGUGGACAUCGACCCCUCCAUCCAGCAGGUGCGCCAGGAGGAGCGCGAGCAGAUCAAGACCCUCAACAACAAGUUCGCUUCCUUCAUUGACAAGGUGCGCUUCCUGGAGCAGCAGAACAAGCUGCUGGAGACCAAGUGGGCCCUGCUGCAGGAGCAGAAGUCGGCCAAGAGCAGCCGCCUCCCCAGCAUCUUUGAAGCCCACAUUGCCGGCCUGCAGAGGCAGCUCGAAGGGCUGCAGCUGGAUGGAGGCCGCCUGGAGGUGGAGCUACGGAACAUGCAGGAUGUAGUGGAAGACUUUAAGAACAAGUACGAAGAUGAAAUUAACCGCCGCGCGGUGGCUGAGAAUGAGUUCGUGGUGCUGAAAAAGGACGUGGACGCCGCCUACAUGGGCAAGGUGGAGCUAGAGGCGAAGGUGGAUUCCCUGAAUGAUGAGAUCAACUUCUUCAAGAGCCUCUAUGAGAUGGAGUUGGCAGAGCUGCAGUCCCAGAUUUCAGACACGUCUGUGGUCUUGUCCAUGGACAACAGCCGCUCCCUGGACCUGGACGGCAUCAUCGCUGAGGUCAAGGCCCAGUACGAGGAGAUGGCCAACCGCAGCCGGGCCGAGGCUGAGACCAUGUACCAAAGCAAGUUUGAGACCCUCCAGGCACAGGCUGGGAAGCACGGGGAUGACCUCCGUAAUACCCGGAAUGAGAUCGCAGAGAUGAACCGUGCCAUCCAGAGGCUGCAGGCUGAGAUUGACAACAUCAAGAACCAGCGUGCCAAGUUGGAGGCUGCUAUUGCCGAGGCCGAAGAACGUGGGGAGCUGGCCCUCAAGGAUGGACGUGCCAAGCAGGAGGAGCUGGAGGCCGCCCUACAGAGAGCCAAGCAAGACAUGGCCCGGCAGCUACGUGAGUACCAGGAGCUCAUGAACGUCAAGUUGGCCCUGGACAUCGAGAUCGCCACCUACCGCAAGCUACUGGAGGGCGAGGAGAGCCGGUUGGCCGGAGAUGGAGGGGGAGCUGUGAACAUCUCUGUGGUGAACUCCACUGGCGGACGGGGCGGCGGGGUGACCUUUGGGGGAACCAUGGGCAGCAAUGCCCUGAGCUUCUCAAGCGGCGGGCCUGGGGCCUUCAAGUCCUAUUCCAUCAGGACCUCAGCAGCCACACAUAGAAGCAUACGAAAAUGA